CAUUUCGCGACAACCUCACGUCACGCGAAAUAUACCCACGAAAUACACCCCCGAUCCCUUGCCCUUAAACAUCCUGCCUUCAUAAAUAAGAAGAUAUGGGGGGCAAGUCUGCGAACAAGGCUGGCUACUUCGACAAGCUCAAGGGCUUGUUGGAGGAGUACAAGUCCAUCUUCAUCGUCGAAAUCGACAAUGUCUCGUCGCAGCAGAUGCACGAGAUCCGCCACGCCCUCCGUGGCAAGGGCGUUGUCCUGAUGGGCAAGAACACCAUGGUUCGCCGUGCCCUCAAGACCUUCGUCCUGGACACCCCCGAGUACGAGAAGCUCCUGCCUCACGUCAAGGGCAAUGUCGGCUUCGUUUUCACCAACAAGGACCUUAAGGAGGUCCGCGACCUCGUCCUGUCCAACCGUGUCGCCGCUCCCGCUCGUGCUGGUGCCCUGGCCCCCGUCGACGUGUGGGUUCCGGCUGGCAACACCGGCAUGGAGCCUGGCAAGACUUCCUUCUUCCAGGCCCUCCAGGUCCCGACCAAGAUCGCCCGUGGUACCAUUGAAAUCACCACCGACCUGAAGCUCGUCUCUGCUGGCACCAAGGUCGGCCCCUCCGAGGCCACCCUGCUCAACAUGCUCAACAUCUCGCCCUUCACCUACGGUAUGGGUAUUGCGCAGGUCUACGACCAGGGCCAGACCUUCCCCGCCGAGAUCCUCGACAUCGGCGAGGAGCAGCUCCUUGGUGUCCUGUCCACGGCCAUCACCACCAUUGCCACCAUCUCGCUGGCCCUCAACUUCCCCACCCUGCCCUCCGUCAUGCACUCCGUCGUCAACUCGUACAAGAACGUCCUGGCCGUCGCCAUCGAGACCGAGUACAGCUGGCCCGAGAUUGAGGAGCUCAAGGACCGCAUCGCCAACCCCGAUGCCUACGCCUCGGCUGCUCCCGUCGCUGCUGCCGCCGCCACUGGCGGUGACGCUGCUAAGCCUGCUGAGGAGGCGAAGGAGGAGUCCGAGGAGGAGGACGAAGGCUUCGGCGGUCUCUUCGACUAAAUGCCUUUGCAUCAUGAUGGAGUUGGGCGGGCUUUCAACUUUUCGGCUGGGUUCACGACAAAUGGAUCGGAAACAGGUACAUAGAUCGGCUGCACGUCGAUUUGACCACCGCAGCGGUCGCAUGGCACGAGAAUUGAUGAAAGCUAUGCCUUCGGAGAUUACCGACUACCGAUUGUGAUGUGAUAUUUACCUCGACGACACGAACACCUCUUUGCCCACCUUAAAGGUCCCAGACGCGUCUCGCAAAUAUUCUUGCAUCCCAAGACCGUACUCAUGCCUCUCAGUGAUGUGUCUGUGCUACAUGAUUCGCGAAGCUGUUCUUGCUCAGGACCUUCUCAGCCAUGUCGAUAGCCCGUUGGGGCAAUCCAGCCAGUCUGGCAACCUUGAGCGCAUGGCUUUGCCUAUUGACCCCUUUCCGUAGCCUGUGCACGUAGACAAAUCCACCCGAACCGUCUUCCUCCACACCUGUACAAUAUGUGUGCACAGCACCGUGAUUUGGCUUGCACAGUCCGUUUGCGGCAGCCAGGUCGGCGACUUCGUGGAAGUGCGUCGC